UUAAAUGUGGUGUAGAUGGGAAGCCUUACUUUUGGUGCAUGUUGCUUGGUGUAUUUGGGCAAGGUCUUGGAACUUGACUUGGGUGUUUCUCAUGUUUGUGCUUUUUGGAAUUUUUUUUUGUCUUCUCAAAUGAGGAAUAAUGGAAGAGAGGCUUUCUGAAGUUCUGACACGCAGUGCAAAUUACAUCCCACCAGGUCGUCAACUUCCCCGUACUCCUCCUAUGACAAGUGUAAAGCGACACUUGAAUUUUGGCAGUGCAGAUGAAUCUGUGUUGCCAAACAGCAAUGCAGAGGCAGAUAAAGAUGCUUUGGUGCUUGGUUCCAGAAGUUGUACAAUUGAGAACCCUUACUCUAUGCUGAAGGGCAUGAAGGGGUAUUGUCCCACUCCUGAUGACUUAAAUUUCCUCAAGAAGAAGACAGUAGAUGAACUCGUGAAAAAGCUUCAGGGUGAACUGGCAGAGACUCAGGCCCUGCUGAAAAAAGAAGUGAAUGCCUUGGAGCUUGCACUCGCAUCCAGGGAGAUGAUGCUGGCCAGUUUCAACAAGUUCCCCUCGUGUGACAAGUUAUCCAACUGGGCGCAACUUGUCAUUGGAAAGGCCUCGCCUCUUGAUUUAACAGAUCUAGACACAAAGUCACUUUUGGCUAUGGUCACAAUAGAGAAAAUCCAGAGAUUCAAUGACCAGAAGAAGGCAGCUAUGGCUCAAAUGGAAGCAACUGCUGCAGAAAAGUACAAAAAAGAAGCUGAAGAUAGAGGCCAGCUUAAAAUACAAGUUGCCAAUGAGGAGCUAAAGAUACAGGAGCUGAUCAGGCAAUUAACAGAUCUGAAAUCUGAGCUCUUCCAGCAAGAGACAAACACAGGUAACGAACCGAUGGAGGAUUCAGAGAAGCUACAAGCUACAAAGGGUAACCGAAGACAUCAGCAAGACCAAAAAAAGGAUGUUAAAUUGGGUGAGACUCACGAAAUUGAAUGUAAAUCAAGGCAGAAACACACCAACAAAGAGAUGAGUGUGAAACAUGGUCGGGCAGUAACAGAAAUGUCAAAACAAAAAUCUGGAGCACUGAUGGGAGAGUCACCAAAGCAGGAGAAGGUAACCAGAGGGAGAAGGCAAAAAAUCGAGCCGCUGGAAACCCAACAGGCUAUGCCUGAGCUAAGGCGAUCUAAAAGGAUUGCAAACAGAAAUUAAAUGCUGGACUGAACGUUUUCUUGAAUAGGACUGAAUUUUCUCUUUCAUUUCGAAGGUGGGCGCUUUUGUGUCUGACACAUACAGUUUCCUUUUAAUUUUAUUCAGUUGUCUGUAUUUAAAUUAAUUUAAAUACUGACUUUUUUGUUAUUUGAAAUAAAGUCAUUGGAAGAUU